GAAUAAUACUUUACGAUACCUGGCUAGUGGAAACAGGCUUUAUUUUGUACAAACCUUGUGUACUUCAUAAGCGUUUCCACUGGCUUCAAGUCAAAUUCUUACCAAGAUGUUGACGUACGGUGUAUUUAUUUGCGACAGAAACGAAGAAGUUCCAUUGAAAAGUCAAUGCGUUCGAUCCUUUUUAAAAGGCCAAGUUGUUGGUUUUCGAUCAACAUUGACGUAUGUGAAUCAUACAGAAAAUCCUCUCGAAGUGUUUUUUCGUACGCCUGUGGACGAUUCCUUUGCUGUAGUAGGUUUGGAGGCUUGCAUUGAUGGCAAAAAAAUCCGUGCUGAAAUACAAGAAAAGGAGAAAGCUCGAGAGAAGCACAAAGAAGCAGUAUCGAGUGGACGAACAGCCGCUUUUGGAGAGGAGAAACAAGGAGAUAUAUUUAGUUUGGUUUUAGGCAAUCUUCCCCCGAAAGAAAUGGCUGUUUUGGAAUUAACUAUGGUUGGUGAACUGAAUGUUGAAGCUGGUGGUGCUGUGAGAUUUGUUUUACCUAAAGUGCUCAAACCUCGUUACACACCGACAGGAAGCAAUAACCCUCUGGCACCCGAAGUAUCUUCCGAUAGUGGGGCAACUGCAAAACAAGGGACUGGACCCGAUUCUUACCAGUUCAGCCUUGAAAUAGUUGAUGCACCAAACAUUGAUAAGGUGACAUCACCAUCACACAAGAUUUUUGCUGACAAUGACGGCGAAAAGAUCAAAGUGACUUUAACGGAAGUAAAACAAACUGAUAUUGUCAUUUUAGUGCAACCAAAAGAGAUAAACAAGCCAUUAAUUAUUGUUGAGCCAGGUUUAUUAAAUGGUGAAAACAAUUUUCAAAAAUCUUCAGCAAUCAUGGUGAGCUUCAUCCCUGAAUUCAAGGGUGAAAAUAAUUGUCUUCAAGCAGCUUGUGAAUUUGUGUUUGUAAUUGAUCGAAGUGGUAGUAUGGCUGGAUCCUACAUCAAAGAUGCAGCUGAAACACUUCUACUCUUUCUUAAAAGUAUUCCUGAAGGAUGUUAUUUCAAUAUAAUAGGUUUUGGCAGCACAUAUGUUCACCUAUUUCCAGAAAGUGUUCCAUACAAUCAAAAAAAUUUGGAAACAGCUGUAAAACAUGCAGAGAAUCUUCAAGCUGAUUUGGGUGGUACUGAGCUAUUUGAUCCACUUAAACAAAUAUUUAGUCAUGCACCAAAAAAAGGUUUGCCAAGGCAGGUGUUUGUGCUAACUGAUGGAAGUAUACGUAAUACUAACUCUGUCAUUCAACUUGUUAAGAAAAACUCCAUUAACUCCAGAUGUUUUUCUUUUGGUAUUGGCUCUGGUGCAUCAACAACUUUAGUGAAAGGCAUUGCACAAGCUGGCAAAGGUGCUGCUGAGUUCAUUGUAUCUGGAGAGAGGAUGCAACCUAAGGUGAUAAGAUCACUGAAGAAAGCCAUGCAACCAGCUGUGACAGAUGUUCAAAUUUCUGUCUCGGCUUCCAACAAUAUAACAGUAAAUGUAGUUCCAAAAAGAAAGGCUUCCACGUAUUUUUGUUGGUGAACGUCUCAUUGUAUAUGCAAUUCUUCAUGACAAGUCACCAUCCUCAUCACCUCAAGAAGGAAAAAUACUCCUUACUGGUGAUUUACUUGGAGCUAAAGUAGAGCAUAAGAUGAAGUUUCCAAUCAAACCAGCAGUGAAAAAAGAGACUGCUUCCCAAGUGUCAACUAUUCACCACCUUGCAGCCAAGAAGUUGAUAAAAGAAUUGGAGUUGGAUGGUGGAAAAAAGGCAGAGAUGAUCCAGCUAAGUUGUGACUCCAAUGUUAUAUCAUCACAAACUGCAUUUAUUGCUGUUGAUCAAGAUAGAAAA